AUAAUGCUUGUAAGCCAGAGGUGAAAGUGGCUCAGCAGUGCAACAUCAGGAAGUCUGGCAGACUGGAAGAGAACAGCUGCCCACUGGGGUGGCUGCUGAGUGUGAAGCAUGGAAGAAACUAAGAAUGAGAAGGUGAACCAGGCUCAUGUUCUCUUUGACAGAUUUGUCCAGGCUUCAACCUGCAAGGGGACUCUCAAGGCUUUCCAAGAGCUCUGUGAUUACCUAGAACUCAAACCCAAGGACUAUCGUUCUUUCUAUCACAAACUCAAAUCCAAACUAAAUUACUGGAAGGCCAAAGCCUUGUGGGCCAAAUUGGAUAAGAGGGGCAGCCAUAAAGACUACAAGAAGGGGAAAGCAUGCGCCAACACAAAGUGUCUGAUAAUUGGGGCUGGACCCUGUGGCCUUCGUACAGCCAUCGACCUGUCAUUCCUAGGAGCGAAGGUGGUGGUCAUAGAAAAGAGGGAUGCCUUUUCCCGCAAUAACGUUCUGCAUUUGUGGCCGUUCACCAUUCACGACUUGCGGGGUCUUGGCGCUAAAAAGUUCUACGGCAAAUUCUGCGCGGGAUCCAUAGACCAUAUCAGUAUCCGUCAGCUCCAGCUUAUCCUUUUGAAGGUUGCCUUGAUCUUGGGAAUUGAGAUCCAUGUCAAUGUGGAAUUUCAGGGACUUGUUUACCCUCCUGAGGAUCAGGAGAAUGAAAGGAUAGGUUGGCGUGCAUUGGUCCACCCAAAAACACAUCCAGUAUCCGAGUAUGAGUUUGAAGUAAUAAUUGGAGGGGAUGGCAGGAGGAACACCUUAGAAGGGUUUCGCCGAAAAGAGUUCCGUGGCAAGCUAGCAAUUGCUAUCACAGCAAACUUCAUCAAUCGCAACACCACAGCUGAAGCCAAAGUAGAAGAGAUCAGUGGUGUGGCCUUCAUAUUCAAUCAGAAAUUCUUCCAAGAUCUGCGAGAAGCCACAGGUAUUGACUUAGAGAACAUUGUCUACUACAAAGAUGAUACCCACUACUUUGUUAUGACAGCCAAAAAGCAGAGCUUGCUGGACAAAGGAGUGAUACGGCAUGACUAUGCUGACACAGAGUUAUUGCUGUCACGGGAAAAUGUGGAUCAGGAGGCCUUGCUAAACUAUGCCAGAGAAGCAGCUGACUUCUCCACUAAUCAGCAGCUGCCAUCAUUGGACUUUGCCAUCAACCAUUAUGGUCAGCCAGAUGUGGCUAUGUUUGACUUCACGUGUAUGUACGCAUCAGAGAAUGCAGCACUGGUGCGGGAGCAGAAUGGCCACCAGUUACUUGUGGCAUUGGUUGGGGACAGUCUCUUAGAGCCUUUCUGGCCAAUGGGAACUGGAAUAGCCAGGGGAUUUCUGGCUGCAAUGGACUCUGCUUGGAUGGUACGAAGUUGGUCACUCGGAGCCAGUCCUUUGGAAGUUCUUGCAGAGAGGGAAAGCAUUUAUAGGUUGCUGCCUCAGACAACCCCUGAGAAUGUGAGUAAAAACUUCAGCCAUUAUAGCAUUGAUCCUGCCACCCGAUAUCCCAAUAUCAACGUCAACUUUUUGCGGCCACAGCAGGUGCGCCACUUGUAUAAUACAGGAGACUUGAAAGAUAUUCACUUGGAAAUAGAAAACUUUGUGAACUCCAGGACACCCAAGCUGACUCGGAAUGAGUCCGUAGCUCGCUCCAGUAAAUUGCUCAGCUGGUGCCAGCGGCAGACGGAUGGAUAUGCUGGUGUAAAUGUGACAGAUCUCACAAUGUCAUGGAAAAGUGGCCUAGCUUUGUGUGCCAUUAUCCACAGAUACCGUCCAGACCUGAUAGACUUCGAUUCUUUGGAUGAGCACAACGUAGAGAAAAAUAACCAACUGGCCUUUGACAUCUCUGAAAAAGAGUUUGGAAUAUCUCCCAUUAUGACUGGAAAGGAAAUGGCAUCUGUUGGAGAGCCAGAUAAACUGUCGAUGGUGAUGUACCUUACGCAGUUCUAUGAGAUGUUCAAAGACACCAUCCCCUCUAGUGACAAGCUGGACCUGAAUGCAGAAGAAAAAGCUGCCCUGAUUGCCAGUACCAAAUCUCCCAUCUCUUUUCUCAGCAAGCUGGGACAAAGCAUCUCUCGGAAACGCACUCCGAAGGACAAAAAGGAAAAAGAACUAGAUGGUGCAGGAAAGAGGAGGAAAACAAGCCAGUCUGAGGAUGAGGACAUCCCUCGAAGCUACAGAGAAGAAAGGCCCACACUGGUGAGCGCCCUGACAGAGAGGAGAAUUGAUGCUGCCAUUGGAAAUCAAAAUAAAGUGAAGUCCAUGGCAACCCAGCUACUGGCCAAGUUUGAGGAGAAUGCACCCAUGCAGUCCUCAAGCUUGCGGAGACAGCAGCCUGUUCUGCCUUAUCAAGAACGUGUUCACAACCAGCCAUCCAGCAGACGAGACCAGGGCCGUCUUGCUUCUGUGCCCCAGUGGAAACAGGGCUCGCUCAAAAAGGAGUUCCCUCAAAACGUGGGAGGCAGUGAUGUCUGUUACUUCUGCCACAAGCGAGUCUACGUGAUGGAAAGACUGAGUGCCGAGGGCAAGUUCUUCCACCGCAGUUGCUUCAAGUGUGAAUAUUGUGCCACCACUCUGCGCUUGUCAUCUUACGCCUAUGAUAUUGAAGAUGGUAAAUUCUACUGUAAGCCUCACUACUGUUACCGACUCUCUGGUUAUGCUCAGAGGAAGAGGCCAGCAGUGGCUCCGCUGUCAGGAAAGGACACCAAAGGACCUUUGCAGGACACCAUGGCAAGUGAUGGGAAUGGACGGGCAAAUUCCAUCUCCGCCUCAGCAGAGAUGACCCCAGGUAGCUCUGCUUCCUUCUUUGGCAGGGUGGUGCAGUACUCUCUCGGCCUCUUUGACAGAGUUAGGGUGGCAAGCCAGCGCCUGCAAAGCACAGUUUCCUCGAUUGGGCACCAUAUAGCCCAGAACCCUUUGGACUCUUUUUUCAUGUGUCAACUGAUGGCUUUUGGGGUUCCCUUUCUCUAUGUCCAGUCAGAAGUUCUUGUGCAGAUCCUAGGCGAAUUCUGUGGGCAGCCUGCUGACCACUAAGAAUUAAUGUGACCCAACUUUGUAAGCUGUAUACCUCCUGUGAUUUUGGGGUACUGUGUGAAUUUGGGGUGUUUUG